UAAGAGGGAAGAAACAUUUACACAAAGAGUGAGAGGGGAUGGGAAAUUACAGGUUCAAAUUAUCAGAUAUGAUGCCCAAUGCUUGGUUUUACAAGCUGAGGGACAUGGGAAGAGCAAGAAAGCAAACCCCAACUCAAACCAAGAAGAAAAAACAAUCUUUAUCAGCCUCAAACACAGUGUCAUCAAAACCAAAGCAACCCCACCAAUGCAAUCCCAAUCCCAGAAAGUCUUACUACUUUACAAGGGAGCUUAAGCCAAGUGAUAGAAUCUGCACUUCACCAGCAAAUAACCAAAAUAUCUCAGACACCAAUUUCCCUGAAUCACCCAGAAAAUCAACUAAACAAAGACCUAAGAGAAGAACUCCAAGGACUUCUUCACCUAAGCUUGUCACCUCUUCUGUCUCAUCUCCACUUGAUAGCUCUGCUGAAUCAGAAUUCCCUGAGCCAGAAAUCAGAACAGACCGUGUUCUUCCCACUGAAUCCUUUAAUGAAAUGGUUUUGUGGUCCAACUCUUGUGGCUGCAGGGUGUUCUCCAACUCCAAUGAUAUCAUUAUUGAUGUAGACAACAAUUCUAUAGCCAGAAAAGAUGAUAAGCUAGAAGGGUAUGAUUCUUUUUCAGACCUUGUGCUUCCACCAAUUGGGAACAAGCCAGCAAAGUUCAAUGAAUUGCUGAGCCAUGCUAAGAAGAAAGGAACUAAACCCAGAAGCAGGAUCACUACACAUGAAGAACAAAACAUUCAAGGGUCUCUUAAAGUUAAAAUUUUGAAGGAAGACACUGCAUCAAUGAAAGAAGAGAGGAACACCCCUUGUAGGAGAUUCUCUGUGAGUUCUCCAGGAGUGAGGCUUAGGACUAAUUCACCAAGAAUUGCAAGCCGGAAAAUUCAAGCACAUGGCCGGAAAAGUGUAUCGUCGGCCACCGGCUCGGGCUCCCGGAGAAGCCUCUCAGAUAGCUUUGCAAUUGUGAAGUCAUCAUUCAAUCCACAAAGAGAUUUCAGAGAGUCAAUGGUGGAGAUGAUUGUGCAGAACAACAUAAGAACAUCAAAGGAUUUGGAAGAUCUUCUUGCCUGCUACCUUUCUUUGAAUUCAGAUGAGUAUCAUGACCUUAUCAUCAAAGUGUUCAAGCAAAUAUGGUUUGAUUUGACUGAUAAUCAGUAGAAUUAACCCAUUGAAAAAAAUAAAAAUAAUUUUAAAUGAAUUUCUCAAGUUUGUGUUUCAUACACAAUUUUCUGUUUACAUGUAAGCAACAUCUUUUGUUAGUGUUUUCUCACCAAUUGGAAUGAGAGCUUUGUCACAACAGUUGGUGUUGUCUGCACGUGAC